CCCCCCCCCCCAUUUGAUCUCUCAUCUCCGGCCUCUCGAUCGGAUCUUCAUCAGUUGAGCUCAUCGCUCGUACUGUGCUCUGUCUUCUGGGAUUAGUUCCAAUCGAUUUGGUGGGUACCCAAUUUCUCAAGUUGUCAUUGCUCUUCGCAUUGUCGACUUAGAGUGAGUGUUCCUUCACAUCCAGCACGAAGAAGUCCUCGCUUGCUGGACGUGGUUUAGUGCCCCAGUGCACGCGAUUCCGAAGGGAAACAAUGCUUGGCAGGCAGGGACUGAGGUCUGGUCUGAGGACAUGGGCUGCAUGCCGGCCCGUGUUGGCACGCAGUUUUGCAGACGCUGCUCCUGCCGAGGCGAUUGUUCCUGAAUCCUUCAAGCAAGACUGGAAAAAGGUUGCUCCGAAUUAUGAUUUGCCUCAUUUUCCAAGCGAGUACAUGAGUGCUCGACCUCCUGUUGCUACAACCUUACCCACCAAACUCACAGUAAACUUUGUACUUCCUCACCAGUUCGAGAUGCAGGCUAAAGAGGUGGAUAUGGUCAUUGUGCCAGCAACAUCAGGACAGAUGGGAGUUUUGCCUGGCCACGUUCCCACUAUUGCGGAGUUGAAGCCUGGACUCAUGUCUGUUCAUGAAGGCGCUGAUGUUAAGCAGUACUUUGUCAGUAGUGGAUUUGCAUUCGUGCAUGCUAACUCUGUUGCGGAUAUUGUUGCAAUUGAGGCAGUAUCCUUGGACAAAUUCGAUCCCGAGGAAGUUAAGAAGGGAGUUCAAGAGUACACUCAGAAGGUCGCUAACGCCAAGGAUGAUUUGGAAAGAGCAGAGGCCCAAAUUGGCCUCGAAGUACACAGCGCUUUGCAGGCAGCGCUAGGCGUUUCUGCGUGAGCUUUUGUUAACGUUGAUUCAGCUUCGUGCUCAAUAGUUUCUCAAAUGCUGGUUAUCUUUGAUGUGUAUGGUCAUCGUGCUGCGGCACCCAGCAGUGCGUAAUUCUUCAGAGCUGUAGGGGUUAACUUCCAAAAUUUUCAUCUUUUUGCUGUAUGGAUGAACCCACCGUUGGCCAAGUGGAUAGGCAGUGCCAAUCACUUCAUUUCUUACACCAUUCUUAAGCAACUUCACAAACGUGCCUCCUCAAGUUACACUAAGGUCCCUUGUCUGGGGGUCUUUCAUCUUAUCAAUAAACAUGAAGCUGUACGAUGAGUGAUGCGGAAUGAUGGGGCCUGAAUUCUAGAGAUGUAUUCUGGUAUCUGAGAAGGGAUGUAUUAAUAUAAAUGUUCCCAUUUUCAGUUUGUA